UGAUCUGAUCCUUUAUUUUAGCAAAUCUAGUUUUUCACCUUGUUGGGAUGCACCCACCAGAUACCAUGACAUCCAAUCCAAGCAUUGGUGUAGGGGAAGAUUAGUAUGAGUCGUCAUAUAUGAAAGUUUACUUUGACAGGCUUUUCAGUUGAGGCUGUUGUGGUCAAGAUCAAGCAACACACAAAGAAUGUGUUUGUUUGACAAUGGAUAUUUGGUUGCUGAGAUUUUGCAUUUGAUAGAUACAUAUUUGGCUGCUAUAAAUUAUUUUAACAUUUCUGAUCUUGUUUAUAUAUUUUAUAUUGACUGCUUAGGUGAUUCCUUACAAUGAACAGAUUUCUCUAACCGAAAUUCGCGGUGCGCUUGGAUCUGUUAAUCAACUUUUUAUAUGUAUUGGGAUUUUUGCAACAUUAGUAGCCGGUUUGCCUCUUGCAAGAAAUCCUAUAUGACAAUGUUUGGAAUUUUGGUUAUGCAUGACUUAACAGCAGCAAGUCAAGGUUCUUCUGAACCUGAAGCAAAAUGGUUUGAUCUUUUUAGUAGCCGGUAUCGAAAAGUUGUCAGUGUUGGAGCAGCACUUUUCUUGUUCCAGCAGUUUGCCGCAUCAAUGGAAGAUUUGGAACCCUUACGGCUGUUCCAAUACACCAUAUGGAUAUUUAUUCGUUGCAAUCCUGAGGCUUAUAGAUCGGCCUGAAACUUUUGUUUCCGGAAUUUUUUAAAAAAUUUGUUUUCCCUGGCAAUCAGGUUAGAUUAUUCACCUUUUGGAUGCUUCUUCUUUUUCAUUUUUAUUUUAUAUUAUAUCACCUUUUUUAAGGAAUCUAAGUUUGUGCUGGGUGAAUUUUGGAAAUACUAAUCUGUACAUGCAAAUUUGUAGAAAGGGUAGAGAUUUAGGGCCGUGAACUGACGUGUUGGCAAAUUUUGCAAUUAAUUUUAUUAAAUUUUCAGUGUUUUUUGAAUUGCGAGCUAUGUCCCCUGAUUGCUACUACUAUGAUUAAUACUUUCAUGCUUUUUGGGCCUGGUUAUUGUUUUAUGUUGUCUUUAAGGAAUUUUGUCAAACUGAACUUUUUUUCCUUUUGAUUCUUCCAUCUCCUCCUUUCUUUUUAUCUUUUCGUCAACCUUCCUUCCUUUCUUGUUGAAUAAGAGGAGAUAGAUUGAUGUAGUUUUUUUUAUUUAGCAGAUAUGAAUACUUUUCAAAUGGUUUUGAAUAUCUUAAGAGAUGGUUAAGUUCGAGUCAGUUAUAGAUACUGCCAUUUUAAAUUUGCUUGAUCUGGUAAAUUUUGUGGUUGAAUGUAUAUUAAAGAGAGAUUUGAGAUGACAAUUCAUAUAUCAUAUCACAGAAAAAUGUUUCAUUUUUAUCAACUCAUGAUUAAUUAUUAAAUGGGUCAACAUCCUUAAGCUUGCUUUGUUAUAUGCUUACUAAAAUGGAGUUCUGUAAAACCAUUUAAUUUCUUUAUUUUUUGGGGGGAUUAGGACUCGAGGUUAUUAAAAAUGAAGAUUUUGUUCCAUGCUUUUUCUUUAUUUAUUACUGAAAUGAAAGUUUCUUUCUUCUGGUGUUAAAUGACCCAAAAUGAAUAAGUUCUUUUCAGCUGGAAGGCAAAAUUCUAAUAAGUU